AUGCCAAAUCUGCAGACAAUAUCCGGUGGAAUAACAGUUAAAAACUGUCCGAAUACUUUGAGCCUUAAUUUCCCCGCUUUGCGCAAUUAUACAGACCUCACGUUGGACGAAGUGGAUGACAUUACCGACCAGCUGAAUUCUCCAUCGUCGCCAAUUUACGAUGCCAUGACUGGAUCGCUGGAAGUGAAUCUUUGCAACUUGACAUCCAUUGUCCGGACCGCAGGUGGCUCGCUAGGCGGGUUCAAUGCCCAAAUGAGCCAGCAACUGACCAAUGUCACGAUGAACAGCAUUGACUCUAUGACGGGCAGUUUGACGGUGGAGAAUUGUCCUGGAAUUUCACUCAACUUUGCGAAUAUUUCUUCGCUUUCGUCCGCAAAACUUCGUCAAAUUGCGUCGAUCGAUAUGCCCAUGCUGAAGAACGUGAAUGGCGACUUUCAGUUUGAUUCCAACGACGGUCUUGAAGACCUUGUAUUGAAAAAGUUGACAACCGUUGGUAGUGGAAACAGUGGCGAUUUUAUGAUUACAAACAAUCCAAACCUCUCACAUAUAGACGUCCGGCAUCUAAAAAGUGUGGAUGGAACCCUAACGUUAAGUAACGACGGUGCGUUGGGUGAUCUCUCGAGUUUUGGAAAAGUUCAGAACGUGGGGAAGGAUCUUACAUUGCUUAAUUCGCCUAUAUACGCUGUGAACUUAGGAAAUAUUAGUGGUGUCGGUGGCCAAUUCGAGCUGUCAUCGACAUACGCUGGCCUGACAUGCGAGAACUUUUCAAAGUUCAAGCAGCAAGUAUCCUUGAAUAGACCAUUGCUCUGUGGAAACUACACCAAAAUAGCGGAUCUACCAGACACCACCACUGGCAGCCCCGGCAACAGCCCAUCAUCGUCAGGUAAUGAUAGAUCGUCUGCCUCUUCGACUACCUCUUCAUCGACAACCACCACCACCGCGACAUCUAAUCCAAAUGCCUCUCCAUCGACAUCGCCAGGCACAAUUGCGGGAAUCGUGGUUAGCACAGUUCUCGCUCUCACUCUUGUGGCCCUCAUAUCCGUCCUAAUAUUGCGACGACGAAAGGCACGGCAGAAAAAGGAUGCACUCGAAACCGUCGCAACACCGACAGAAUCCACACGAUCCCCGUUGUUUGAACUUAAGGAAGAUGCAAUGCAUCCGGAACUGUCAAACGACGGUCAACGACACGAGAUGCCCAGUACCAUCCACAACCAGGUGUAUGAGAUGCCGCACGAUAUAGAAGUGUAUGAAAUGCCGGCUGAGCCGGUUGAAGUGGCAUCAGUGCUGCGAUAG